AUGAAUUUCUUCGAUAAACGAACGCCGUAUGAGAAAGCUAAAGAUCAAACUCGUGAGAUCAGUAAACAAAUUCGCCAAGAAAAACGACAACUUGAUCGACAGAUUAAUCAAUCUGAUCGUGAAAUUCAACGUCUUUCAACUGAUAUUCGUAAACAUGCAGCAAGUAAUAAUAAAGAAGCUCUUCGUACAUUAGCAAAAACAAUUGUUAAAAUAAAACAUGAUAAAAGUCGUUUAUAUACAGCAAAAGCUAAUCUUGAUACAAUUGAUAAUGGUGUUAAAAAUCAAUUAGCAAAUGUCAAAAUAACUGGUAUAAUGCAAAAAAGUAAUGAAAUCGCUCGUUCAAUGGCUCAACUGAUGAAAGUUGGACAACUUCAAGCGAUUACUGCACAAUUUUCAAAAGAAUUCAUUAAAAUGGGUAUUAUGGGUGAAAUGAUGGAUGAAGCGGUCGGUGCUGCUCUGGAUAAUGAUGAUCUUGAAGAAGAAACUGACGAAGAAGUAGCAAAAGUGUUAGAUGAAGUUCUUGCCGGUAAACUUGGCCAAUUGCCAAGUGUGGUUGCCGGUGGAACAGUCGUGAAAGAAAACGAAAGAGUAGCUGCUGCUACAGCUGAUGUUGAUAGUGAAGAAGAUGAAAUGGAACGACGUUUACAAGCAUUAAGAAGCUAA